AUGGCUGAGCCGGAACGGGUCCGCCUUCCCGCGCGGUCCACCCGCGGAAAACGAGUGUCGGAGCUGGUGGGGGAGGAUCUAGACGCGGAUGAGGAGUUUUGGAAUCAGAAGGCUUUCCAGGAGGAAGCAGAGGAUGUGGAGUAUGCAACGGAGGGCGAGGUGGAUGAGGACGUUUUCGACAGCGACUUUGAUGACGACGAGCCAGAAAACGAGGAGGAGGAGCCUGGAGCAGAGGUGAAAGAAAGGUCUGCCUCUCCCGUUAUCCUCUCUCCUGCCGCAUCCCCUCCCUCGUCUCUCUUCCCAUGUUCCUUCCUUUCCAUGCCUCUUUCCCUUUCCCUUUCCGCACAUUUUCCCCCAUAUCAUCCAUCUCCGAGACACCAGUCUACCAAGCGCCGUCUCCUGCCUCCUGGCACCAAGAAAGAAACCAAGGAAGGAGUCUGCAAAGAGGGCGAAGAAGGGCCUCCUUCAUUUCCCCUCAUCCUCUCCUUGCCUGCCCCACCUGCCCCACCUGCCCCACUCACCUGCCCCGCCUGCCCCACCUGCCCCACCUUCCCCACUCACCUGCCCCACCUGCCCCACUCACCUGCCCCACCUGCCCCACUCACCUGCCCCACCAGGCCUACCAAGCGCCGUCUCCUGCCUCCCGGCACCAAGAAACUUUCCAAAAAGCCUAAGAAACCUGCUAAGGCAGCAAAGAAGGGCGUUGGUGGAAGGACGCUUGUUGCAGAGAAGGGGAAAGCGAGCGGAAGGGUUGACGGGGAGGCGACAGGUGAUGGGGCGGAGGCGGAGAAGGGGAAGAGUAAAGCUGGGAGGAGGAGUGGCGUGGGAAAGAGUAGGCAGAGACGUGAGUUGGCUCUUCUGGGAGUGGGGCGAGUGAAAUGGGAAGGGGCGGAGGGAGGUGAGGGAGAGGAGAGAGAGGAGCGAGAGGAAGGAGAGGAGGGAGAGGAGGGAGAGGAGCUUAUUGGUGAUGCGACAGUAGAUCUGACAGACGAAAAUUGCGGGGGAGGGGGAGGAGGGAGAGAGGGAGGCGGGAGGGAGGGAGGAGGGAUGGAGAGGAGGAAGUCAAGGAGGACAGCGGUGGUGGUGAGGGACAUGGAGAGGCAGGCUUUGAGGGCAGCGAGGGAGGGGGUACCCAAGGCGGUGAGAAAGAGGAAGGAGGGCGAGCGGCGGUGGACACAAGAAGAGAUGCUUCUAGAGGCUGCACAGACAGAGAUUCUAAACCGAGAGGCCCUGGCAGUGAUGCUGGCGAGGGAGGAGGAGGUGAAGCGGAAGGCCGUUGUGGAAAAGGCAAUCUUUGGUGGGCCGCAGAUCCGAUUCCACUCCAAGGACGGGAAGAACACCCUGGAGUUCACCAAAGUGGCGGCUGUUCCUCCAGAGAUCAACGCAAAGGCGCCUUCCUACCCUGCCAAGCCCACUUGUGUGAUCACAGGUCUACCAGCAAAGUACCGAGACCCACUCACAGGCCAGCCGUACGCCACUAUUAAGGCCUUCAAGGCCAUUCGCCAAAU